CUUGGCGAUUUCAGUGUUGAUAUAUAUGAUUGUCUGGCGAAGUGUUCAUGUGACUAAAAUUGUGUAUUGUUUGGAUUUUCCAGAACAAAAACGGCAUUCUUUUUAAAUAUUUGGAUUGUAGGAACAAGGAAGUGAAAUGGUAAUGACAGAGUAACAUCAAAGGGAGACCAAUGGGUAACAAGCUGUGUGCUCCCCUGUUGUCCAAGAAAGCUCACCCACAGCACAGCCAGCCCUGGCACACCAGGAAGGAUUCUAACCUGCUAAGAUUGUGGGCGGAGAUUUUCUGCGUGCAACAGAAUGGCGACUUUAUGCAGUGGAAACGGGUAUCUGAGGAUGUCGUUCCUAUAAAUAUCACUUGUGUGGAGGAUACCCCCAAAACUGUGUUCCAUGUGACGGCGUACAACAAACAUGUGGAGAAAAUAUUUGAUAUAAAAAUAAAUCAGCCAGGAACGAUACUCUGCCCGGCGACGGAUAGUUUUGUACACUGGCGGGACCAAGGCAAUGGUAGUGAGUGGGGCCUCAAUUUCACGACUCCACAAGACGCUAAGCGUUUCCGGGAUUGUUGUUCUAUAACGUGUCAGAAAUAUGUACGCAAAGCUUCCUCGGCCAACUCCCUCAGACUGAGUCCGCCAAAGGGAAAAAAUAAAGCAGUUUCUUCCCCUAACUCCCCGGUCCAUGACAACCAACGUGCCGUCUCGACCCCUUAUGAUUUGAAUCAAGUUGAGCCAUGCGAGUGUAUUACCCCAUCUGGUGAGCGAGACUUGAUGUCAAGAAUGGAAAAAUCUGCCACUAUUCCUCGUGCCCAGGCGGACAAUGUAAAUUCUGUGUCUAAGACACUGCCAAGAAGUAUUUUAAAAUCGUCAACAACAUCUCCGUCUGGCACAUACGAGGCAAUGGACUCUGUACGUAAAAGUGCGACAUUAAGUCCAAACCAUUCGAGUCAUGCUGGACAAAUAUAUCAAGGGUCACGAUCCGCAUCUAUUGGGCCAAUAGACUCAGAUAAAAAAUCUUUUGAAUCGGGAAACAAAUAUGGAGCUUUUUCAUCUUUUGGUAAGUUGCCAUCGAAAACAUGUGAGAAUAUAUGCUUAGAGACAGCCUUUGUAGGAAAAUCUGAUACUUGUGACCUUGACCAUGCCAAUGGCAGAAAAAGCGUUACCAUAGCUACAAAAACCAUUGAAAUUGAAGAUGAAGAACACGAUGUCGGUACUCCAGUUGAUAGUGAAGAUGGUAAAAGUAUUGAAAUGACAGUGAGAAAGGACUGCAUACGAAUAUUGGCACCACAACCACAGAGGCUUAUGCCAGAAUCACCCCGAGGGUCAAGAAAUUCAGAAUCCCCAGAAUGGCCUUCACCUCCAGAACCUUUGACCCCACAAACUCCAAACACACCCACAUACAACUUGGCAUUUGAUAGCGACUCGAUAAAACGAAUGCUGGAAAAUUUACCGAUUUCACCAGAAAUCGAUUCAAUGACAGGAAGUAUUCAUGAAAACGAUUUAGGAUUUCAUGAAGGUGGUGGAAGUGCAACAAAUGUGCUCAAAAAUGGCUCUAAAGUUUGUGAUAGUGAUAAUGAAAAAUGCAAUGAAGGACUUUGUGAUAACAACAGUGAUAUGGAUAAAAAUGAAGGUUGUAAUGAAUCGGCAAGAAGCGGAUUGAUGCUUGAUUGUGAAAUCGCACAACGAUGUGUUCGGGACAGUUAUGGACGGGACUCGAAUCCAGACAGCGGGAUAGGAGGCAUGACACCUGGAGAAAACUCGACAAUGCAAACAGCAGGUCUAGAUGUGACACGCUCAGAUCUAAAGGGUGGUUCAACUGGAGCCAGUAGCCAUGAUGGGAGUUCCUCCAGCCAUCUCAGCCAGAGUGACCUACUCAGUCAGUUGACUGAGAGUCAGUUUCUCACAGCUGAGAUGUCAGAUGAUGAUGAAGCAGGAAGUGAUGACAGUAUACACACAGUGACAGAGGCUGAGAGUCAGUUCUCCUACGCCAAACAACACGGCGCAAUCAGAAAAGCUGGAUGGCUUGAGGUAAAGAACUGGCUUGUUCAGCGCAAGAAGAAGUUGGAGCUGGCUCCCCGUCGUACAUGGAAACGUUACUGGGUGUGCUUAAAGGGAACCGUUCUUCUGUUUUACGAUGGCAACGUGGAAAAUGUCACCCUGGAUGACAAUGUGCCAAAACAUAUGCUUGUGAUAGAAGGGGGUAUAUCACAAGCAGUGCCAGAACAUCCUAAACGGGAACACAUAUUUUCGCUGAGUACGGCAUUUGGAGAUGCUUACUUAUUCCAGGCCUCUAGUCAAACAGAGUUGGAGUCAUGGGUUCGUGCAAUACAUUCAGCAUGUGCGGGCUCGUUUGCCCGACAACACGGCAAGGAGAAUAUCGUGCGACUUCUGCGAUCGGAACUUCAUAAACUCGAUACCAAUAUCGACAUUGAUGUAAAGAUGCGAAAAAUGGCAGAACUCCAACUUACCGUGGUCUCCGACCCUCGUAGUCGACAUGCCAUCAUAAAACAGAUUAACCAAUGGGAAGAGAACCUGGAAAAGCUAUAUAUAGAACAGUACCGACUCCGGUGUUAUUCAGCUUCAAUUCAGGGGUCAGAACUACCCAACCCGAAGGUCCUGUUAUCAAAUGUCUCGAAAACAUCCAAAGGAACCCUCAGUAGACUGGGGAUUUUCACGGUGUCCUCGUUCCAUGCCCUCGCGUGUGCCAGAAAACCCCUGGUCAUGCCCAGUCUGUAUGGAAAAGGUCACCAGAAAGGGGCCCUCCUGUCCCCUAGAGGGGAUGGGCUGUUUAAAUAUCACACAUUGAGGCCAUCAUCAUCAUCCGUUGUUAGUUCCAACCAGUCCGUUUUCAAAGCCACAGAAUUGGAUGAAGUUGUUGGGGACUUGAUUAGCAAGGACAGCAGUGGCAAUCAAUCACCGUGUGGUUCAACUGGUUCCAACGAGAUACUCUCCAAAGUAUCAGCUCCCAAUAACCAAACUGUUACGGUUGGGAUCAAGAAGACUACAACUGCGGAUGAUGUUUUACUAGCUGUGUGUAACCGACGACAACUCAAUCCUCGGGAUCAUUUUGUCAGGGUGCGAUUGCAGGGUGCACCAGAGGGAAGUUACCAAUAUCCUGACAGGACUGAAAAUAUCAAGAAGCUGCGGUGUGAAAUAGUCGAGGUAUGUGAAAAACAUCUUUAUCAAGUGGAGUUGAGUAAAAACGAGACAAAUCGAGACUUUGGUCUCAAAAUUGAAGCUGAGUUAGCAGAAGAUCAAGAUCGAGAGGACGAUUUAAGAAUCUACAUAGCCGAAGUUAGACCUGGUAGCCUGGCUGCUAGUAAAGGAAUGAGAACCACAGAUGAAAUAGUUGUCAUCAAUGGUAAAAUUGUCUCCGAUCUCGACAUGGUGUACGUUGAAUCACUUCUCACCGAGUCGUCUGCCAUUUGUUUUGUUGUCCGCUCCCUGUUUGAGCCAAGUGGAGCGGUUGCCAUGGAGACUCCACCGACACUCCCCCCACCCCCUAGCCAGAUACGCCUCAGCGAUCAUAGCAUUGACAGCUUAAAACUACCACCACCAUCUUCAGUUGGGAGUUCCGCCUGUCCUAGUGCCCAGGGUUCGCCACAUCACUCACAGUGUAGUGCUAGAAGCAGGAAGUCCUCGGACCAGGUUGAUACACUAUUACAGGGUGCCGACCAAGUAACUGCAAUAUGCCGGGAACCAGGGGAGGAUGUUGCCAGUAGCAACAGGCACCUGUCCGAGGUGGAAAGGUUACAGAAGGUCAUAAAAGAGCUUGUCAACACAGAGGAAGCUUACGUCAAUGACUUGAAUUGUUUGCUGAAACGAUACCUGGAGCCCUUAAAGGAGGAGAACUUCCUGAGCUCGGACGAGGUUGACCAUAUAUUCGGCAAUAUCCAGGAGAUCGCGCAGUUCCAGCGGCAGUUUCUGCAGAGCCUUGUUGAGGCAAUAGGCCCGGACAGUCAAUUCUUGGCUGGAACAGACUUUCAGAGUUAUAGGCGUGUCCUGUUUUCACUGGGUGGAUCGUUUCUGUUCUACGCAAACCAUUUCAAGGUGUACAGCUCUUUCUGUGCCAGCCACUCUCGAUCUCAAAAGAUACUUAACCCAGACACAAUCAAUGAGAAGUUAAAAGAUUUUCUGAUAGCUCGUAACCCCAAAAACCAGCACUCCGCAACUCUCGACUCGUAUCUGAUAAAACCGAUACAGCGAAUUCUCAAAUACCCACUCUUACUUCAACAACUUUGCAACCUCACUGAUACUGAAACAGACGAACACCAUCAUUUGUCAGAGGCGCGCAAAGGCAUGGAAGCUGUUGCGGAACACAUUAAUGAAAUGCAGAAAAUCUACGAGGAAUAUGGUGCAAUAUUUGAUGAGCUUUCAAAAAUGUUCAAAGAUUUAUACCCCCAUAAGACACCAGUUGACCUGAGUGUUGGGGAACUACAAAUGUACGGGACUGUUGAAUGGUGUAAUGUAACCGACAGCCUGGGGAAGAUCAAAAAGGGGACUGAAUUAGAGAGUACUGUAUUCGUGUUCAAGACAGGAGUUGUCUUCCUUUGUCGAGAGAGGUUAAAACGUAGGAAAUCACGAGGGGGUUCAAGUGCAGCCAGAAGUCUGUUCAGCGAAAGUUAUGAUACAAUCGAGCGUUUCCGUACGCUUAUUCCCGUUCAUGAUGUGCAGGUUCGCAUCGGAAAGGUCAGCGAUAUUGACGGCCAUUUUUGGUGGGAGUUGGUCCACUCCAGAUGUGAUACAGAGGCACGACCAGAAAGGGUUUAUCAGUUCUGUAACAGCACCCUGGAAGCCAAAACUGACUUCAUGAGAAUUAUUAGACAGACAAUCAGAGACAGUGUGCGAAAAAUGACAGUGCCCGCUAAUUCUCAGAGUUCUGGUAAAACCAAGUACAUUCCAUAUGGCGGAAAAAGAUUAGAAGCUCUGUCGUCAAACCCUCGUAGUACUCUCAGUAAAAAACGUAACCCUUCAAACAGUAAAGCAGAUGUCGAGAGACAUUCGAUGGAAUUGGAGGAGAAAUUCAGAUUGGAAGAAGACGCUUUGUUUAGAUUACGAAGCAAAACAGUGGGCGACUUGAAUGAAGUAAGUUCGGCGGAGUAUGAUGAUGACGAUGAUCAUACACUUGUUCAAACUUCGGAGUCCUGUGUAGUUCAACAAAAUGGUGGAAGUAAGACUGGCGCGAGCAGUGAAAAUUCGUCAUGUUCAAAUCUUAGUAUAUCUAGUCAUUCAGGAUCGUCUGCUAAAUUGACGUUUGCAAGUGCUAACCCGCUAAAAUUUACAAGUGCAAAGGCGCAAACGCCACCAAUGGGUUCACCUAUUUGGAAACCCCGAAAUGAGGCUAAUGUUGCUAAGCAACAGGAGAUUAGAAGUAAAAUAGCUGCAGAGUCUAACAAGGUGUCAAUAAGCAAUGCCCAGUCAGAGUCUUGUGUUUUGAUGGAUUUGAAAGAUACGGAAUGUUGAUGUCACUUUUUUUAUUAUUAUUAUUUUUUAUUUUAGAAAACUGUGUACAUGCACUAUAGAAAUGUCUUGUUAUUGUGGUCACACUAUUUUGCAUCAUUUUAAUGUAUUUAAAUACACAGCACUGUAAUAUCUUACAUCAAUUGCGUAAACAUCAAAAGAAGAAACUUUGUGCCAUAAAAUUUAGCAGCUAACAAAAUAUUUAUAUUAACCAUUGCAUUUCAUUAUGUAUCUUAACAUUUUUAAAUUUACCGUUAACAAUGUCAAUAUAUAUGUUAUCAAAGAAAAAAGUUGAGGUUAUUAUUAUAGCAGGAGUGUCGUUAUUGUUGUCGUUGACAUUGGUAUGCAGCCAUGUUGGUCACAUCUUGAAAACUGUUGUCAACGUAAACAUUGUACAUGUGUUUGCCAUGACAAUGAACAUAAUUUUAUUAGUUUCAGUCACUCUGGAUGUAAAAUAUAUGGAGUAAUGCCCCUUGUUGCAACCAAAUAUAUGGAGUCAUGUCCCUUGUUGCAAUCAAAUAUAUGGAGUCAUGUCCCUUGUUGCAACCAAAUAGAUGGAGUAAUGCCCCUUGUUGCAACCAAAUAUAUGGAGUAAUGCCCCUUGUUGCAACCAAAUAUAUGGGGAGUAAUGCCCCUUGUUGCAACCAAAUAUAUGGGGAGUAAUGCCCCUUGUUGCAACCAAAUAUAUGGGGAGUAAUGCCCCUUGUUGCAACCAAAUAUAUGGAGUAAUUCCCCUUGUUGCAACCAAGAAACAAACAGAUGAGCGCUUUGACAGUAUUAGUGUUUCAGUAAAAAAUUAGUUUAAAAUUUAUGUGUUUAUUUGAGAGAAUAGAAGAGGAGAAAAGGGAGAUUAAUAUAUUUUACUUGUUUUGCAGAGUGAUAGUGAGGAAUUAGAUGAAGGUUUUGUUUAGAGGUUAAAUACCUUGUAAGCGAAUUCUUCAUCUUGUGCAAUAAAGGUAACAUUUCUCUCUACAAACUGUACUGCCAUCAAAAUCUGGAGAUUAUCACAAAGUUCAAACAAUUCUAAAUUCGUAAAAUCGCUUACUAAACAAAGAAUUCAUAUAUUUUUGAAAAGAAUUGCAGAUAUUUGGCUUUAUUAAAAAAUAUGGGUUGCCCCACACGAUGUUGUUCCAAAGGUUGAAUUUUUGGCAAAAACGAGUAUUGCAACAUAACAAUACUUCAGUUUAUUCUAAGUGCAAUUGUGAAUUUUUGUGUUACCUUUGAAUCAUGGCUGACAAAUCAUCAAACUUGGUAUGCACAUUGGUCAUGGUCAUUAGAUGACCCUCCAUGAUAUAGGGGUCAAUAGGUUAGAGGUCAAGGUUAUGGUGACCUUUUUUAAAAACAAGGGAAAGGUGUCCUAAUGCAUGGGUGACACAGAUUUGGGGAAUUCUAGUUUUCCAAAUUAAUGCCUACAACUUGUGAAGAAAAAUUCUGUAAUGUGACUCAUAUAUAUGAAUUACAUUCUCUGACAAUGCGAGUUCUGUAAAUUGAAAAGCAAUCAAACCUUAUGUGAUUCAAUAUCUUAUAUAAUCUCCAGAUUUACAGCAAAAAACCUGCAUCCCACCCCAAAUACUCCUCAUUCAUUUUGUUUAAAAAAAUCAUCGCUGUCAUGUAUAUUUUAGGACGUUCAUUUUUGUUAAUCUUUACAUAUUUUUUGGAUGGCAUUUUAUGUUUACUGUUUUAUAUCUCUUUGUGAUAUUAUUAUUUUUGUAAUAAGAAAGCACUGUUUACACAUAAUUGAAACCUCAAAUGGUGAAUAAAUAAAUCUAUUUUAGUAAUGACAAAUAAUAUUGAUUUCUUCCUAUUUAAAAGAAAUAAAAAAAUGAAAUAUCAUACAUGUACUUUUCAAGGAGGAAUUUUAAAACUAUGUUUAUACAUGUAUGUAAAAUGUUAUUAUAAAUAUAUUUUAUUCACACUUAAUCUGGUGAAUUUAAAAAAAAUGAAAUUAAACAUAUAAAAAUCCUUUUCUGUUUAUAUGUUCGGUAUUGGGCCGUUUCUUUCAAGUAUCCUCCCCAUGCUUUUUGAUGUUCCAUAAAAAUAUUCCCGCAUUUUUUUAAAGGCUUUAUUCGUUAAACCCGAGUGACAACAGCUCCCUGAGGUAGGCUCCCUAAGAAGGUGUUUGAUGUAUUUAUCUCUGUAAUUCUUGGAAUGCCUUCAUUGUUUUAUGCUUUGGUGAAUAUGCAAAAAAAAGAGUUCUGUAGUUUAGACCUUUACAUGGAUGCCAUUUUUAGCGGGAUUUUGCACCGAAGUUGUUACAAAGAACAUGGAUUUCUGGAAAGUUUGAAUCAGAAUUUCAUUGUUUUGAAUCUUGAUCUAAAUUAUCCAGGCAAAUCUUCCAAUGAAAUGAAAAGUGUGGCAAUGGGUGGUAUCAGCGAAAAGGACUGUUAAAGCAUAUUGUUAUACAAAAAAUGUAUGUUCUUUAGCUGUUGAAGGCAGUUAUAAAUAUGAGCUAUUGAGGUCAACUUUAUUUGAGCUUAAUUAAGUCUGAAAUUUUCAGUCAAUUAAUGAAAAGUAAAGUCUAACAAAUUUUUAUAGAGUUAAUACGGCAGUCAGGCAUUGAGUAUGGUCAAACUGUAAAUUAAUAACCUUUGGCAUUCCUCUUUAGGAAAUAAUUCUUAAAAGUAUUUCAUCACUACUCAGGCAAAUUUACACUUAUCACAAUUUCAAAAUAUAUGGUUUAAACAAAUGUUUUUGUUUUGUAAAAUAUAAGCAAGUUUACCUAACUAAGUCUUUGAACAGUAAGGUAAACAAAUCUUACACAGUAUUUUUUCUAUUAUGCCAUUUUCCAUUUUUUUAUUAUUUCCAAACUUCUGUAGGAUAGAAACAAUUACCAUCUGUGCAUGAGAAUUUACAUAAAAAAUUGUAUAUCUACACUUUAUAAAUACUUCCAACACUUCUGUAUGCAUGAUGUUUGAGAUCUACUCAUUCUUUUUUGUGUUAAAUGUUGCCUAAAUAUCUUUCUCAUUAGUUCUGGUAAACAUAGAAUGCUUUUAUUUGUGCCAGUGCACCUAAUCAAGUAUACCAAGUAAUUAAGUGAUAUAUGAAAUAUAAAAAGUAUUUAUAAAGUUUUGGAAAAAAGUUGGAAAAAUUAAACCUUUAAAUUUUGCAUUUAUUUAAAUGCUACUUAAUUAUAUAAAAAGACAUAUCAACUUUAAGUACUGCAUUAAAUUUCCUUGUCUUUAACCUGAAAAAAUUGCAUUUAUCAAAUAUGUAAUUGUUAGUGCAUAUAAGGUCAAGUCUUUAUGAUUAAGAAAGGUGGAGGGAGCAAUGUGAACAAACCUGAUACUCUUAGUCAUUAAGAUUUUACCUUAUAUGUUUUAAAUGUCUUCGAUUGUAACCAAAUUUCAGCAGGCAGGUCUCGUUUCAUGUUAUGUUGAUGUUAUGUCGAUUAAGUUAUAAAACAAACCAAUUUAUAGAUUAAGUGCAAUCUUUAGCUCAGAUAGGCAAUUUAAUUGGCUAGAUAUUUAGGAUAGAAUCUUAUGUCAAUUAAACACCAUCUUGAAACUGUGUAAUUUAAAUGUGUUCAAACUUUGCACUUUUUUAUUGACUGCAUCUUUGCAAUUAUUGACUUGCCAUUUUAUUUCAUUGGCAUGCCUCUCAUAUCUUGAAAUUCUGCAAUAAUUCAAAAAGUGAGCAUUUAAUUAUUUUUUGUUUUGUUUUUAUUAAAAAAUCUCAAAUAAUUUUAAAUGCAUACACCUGAAAAAGGAAAAAAAAAAUCCAUGCAUUGAUAAGAUAAUUAAUUUGAAUUUUUUUUUUAAAAGUUUGCAAAAUUUAUCAAGAUUCAUUUUAUAAAAAAAAUCAUUUUCAUUUUUCAACAUGCCAUUUCCUUGCAUUUCAUAACCGUGCAAUAUUAAGGUUCCCGGUAUAUGUACACACUAAGUCGGUUGAUAAUUUUUUGUCAUUGUAAAAUCAUAUCUUCUGUUUCAUCCAUACCAAAUACAUAAGUUUUAGUUACAUUUAUUGUACACACGUCUAUUAGUCUUUAAUUCCCCAAAAAUGUUAACAAAUUGAUUUAACAAGUAUUUUACAGAGGAUAACUACAUUGGAAUAAAAAUGUUCUACAAAAGUUGUUUCUACUCUUUAAUUUCAGUAGUAUUAAGAUAGUGCCAUAGACAGAUAGAUAUUGAACAUUAUGGAUUCAUUUUGUGUGGAACAAAUGUCAAAGACUAAUUAACUUAGACACUUUUAAAAGUCUAAAAGUGUUAUUCCUUCAGCAAAUGUAAGUGAUUCAAGCAGUGAAUGCCAAUGACUAAUUCACUGAAUAUUGACGAUUCUUUUAAAAGUGUAAGUGUUAUUCCUUCAGUGACAUAACUGACUCCUACAGUGAAUGUCAAUGACUAGUUAACUGAAUGUGAAUUAUUCAUUUAAAAGUCUGAAAGUGUUAUUCCUUCAGUGACAUAACUGACUCUUGACAUUGAAUUUCAAUUAACUGAAUAUAACAUUUCUUUUAAAAGUCUGAAAGUGUUAUUCCUUCAGUGACACAACUGACUUUGACAGUGAAUGUCAAUUAACUGAAUAUAACAGUUCUUUUAAAAGUCUGAAAGUGUUAUUCCUACAGUGACACAACUGACUUUGACAGUGAAUGUCAAUUAACUGAAUAUAACAGUUCUUUUAAAAGUCUGAAAGUGUUAUUCCUUCAGUAAAUGUCAAUGAUUCAUUAACUGAAUGUUAAGUGGGUUUUUUAAGUCUAAAAUCAAAUGUAAUUGAUUCUUGUAGUGAAUGUCUAUGAUUAACUUAAUGUCAAAGGUUCUUUUAAAAGUAUAAAAGUCUUAAGCUAUACAAAGUAAUUAUCAGUAUUAUAGUAUACAGGCAGUAUAAACUGAACCUGGCCAAACAUGCCUUGUAUUGACUGAAUAUUGAAACAUGUCCAUUGAUUUGAAUCAUAAGAGUAUGCAGAAAGUAAAAUAUAUGAUAUUUUUAUUGUCAAUGAGGAAAGAAAAUUGUUUUGUUUAUUAUAACAAUUGUGUCAACUUUAAAUGAAAAUACCUGUGGUGAUAAUAAUUUGAAUAUACUUGAACUUGGUAUUGCAGCUUGCAAACACAUUGAAAUGAUUAAGCUUAAAAUUGUGUCAAAAUACUUGUGAUUCAUUGAGAUUCUGUAAAUUUUGUAAAUAUUUUUAUCUUAUUUUUCCUUUUUCAUUUAUUUAUUACACAAUAUAGAUCUAAAAAUACAAAUUGUAUUGUCCUUUUUAAAAGUUGUACUGUUGAUUUGUUAGUGAUAAUAACUAUACAUGCACUUUAUUAAAUAACAUGUAUUUGACCUUAUGAUUUAUGAAGGCUAAUAAAAUGUUAUUUUC